AUGGGCUCCUCCCCUCCAGACGUGACGUCAGCGGCUCGUUCUGCUUUGUCCCGCCUCCUGGAUCAGCUUCUCGACCAAUCAGACGGGGCGUCCGGUCUGCCUCGCUGCGGAGGGGACGAGGACGUGUUGAGACCCGGCCUGAGCAGCCUGACGCCUCCACAGCCGGACGCCAAGGCGCUGGUGUCCGCCCUGCAGCAGCACUUCCUGCUCCUCAGCCAACGGCUGCACUCGGCCGAGGUGGAGAGGCGGGGCCUGAGGCUGGAGGUGGCCAAUCAGAAGAGAGGACGACGGCAGGAGAGAGAGGAGACCUGCAAGGCAGUCCCAUCAACACAGUUCCACAGUGUGUGUGUGGAGCUCCGUCAGGCGCUGAGCAGGGAACAGGAAGCCCAGACACUCAUUCAGGAGCAGAGCAACCAGCUGCACACACUGCAGCUCCGAGUCCACACACACACCGCCGAGCAGACCGACACACAACACACACUGAGCCAGACCACACAGUCUCUGUCGGAGGCUCGGCAGGAGGUGAGCCGGAAGGAGCGCUCGCUAAGGAUUCUGGGUAAGCACCUGUCGGGGGUUCAGAGGGAGAGGAAGCAGCUGGAGGAGAGACUGCAGCGAGUGGAGGACGAGCUGACGGACGCCGCCAGACGUCAGGGCUGUCUGAUCAGCAACAUGGCGGCUGCAGAGACGAGUUACAAGCAGCUCAGAGAGAGGCUCGUCCAAUCACGUCGCUCCCUGUCAGCUCAGCCCCACCCCCUGCCGUUACCCAGGGAACACCUGGAGCUGAGUGGAGCAGAGAGCAUCAUGGGAGCUCCUGAGGUGGCAGCCUGCCAGAGUCUCCUCUCCUGCGUGUCGCAGCUCUUCCACACCUGCAGCUCCCGGAUCCACUGGCUGCAGCAGGAAGUCGACGCCCACCGCAGUCACGUGACCGCGCUGCGCGGCGAGCUGCAGGACGCCUGUCUCCGGGACAACCUCACCUACGUACCUAAGGCUGAUUUUCCAGAAACUUUUGCGUUUGCUGACGUGGAAACCCCUCAACCUGUUCUCCUCUCUGAUUCGCCGAAAGAGCCAUCAGUCAGUUUAAGCACCGCCCCCUCCCAGACAAACCCCGCCCAUCCCAAAACGAAGGAGAAGAAAGCCGUGAAGAAGAAGAGAGCAGGCAGAAGAUCGACCGCCGGGCCUGGAAUGUGAUUUUAGCAACAUCAGUCUGCGUGUGUGGAAGUUCUGGAAAACUCUUCAACACACUCCUGGAAAGUUCUGGAAAGUUCUGGAAAGAUUUGACGUUCAGACAAUCAGAACAUUCAACAUUAUUUCUGUUUAUCUUUAACAGCUGCUUGGUGAAGACCAUCUGGUGUGUGUGUGUGUGUGAGUGUGUGAGUGUGUGUGUGUGUGAGUGUGUGAGUGUGUGUGUGUGUGUGUGUGUGUGUGUGUGUGUGUGUGUGUGUGUGUGUGUGUGUGUGUGUGUGUGUGUGUGUGUGAGUGUGAGAGACAGUGCAGAUGGUUUCAGUAAAAUAUUUCUGCUCGUAAACUUUGCCUGAGUUUUUUUCAAACAAACAAAUGAGAAUAUAUUCAGAUAUAAAGAGAUGGUGACUGUGUGUUACAUCCCGUCAACGUGUGUGUGUGUGUGUGUGUGUGUGUGUGUGUGUGUGUGUGUGUGUGUGUGUGUGACACACUCGAGUGUAAAAGAAGCUGGAACUGAAAUGUGGACGAACAAAAGUGAGAAGUUUUCAAUCAGAAGAAGAAAAAACACGACAAACA